AUGAAUUUCACUAAGCCUCUAGUGGAACUCUUUGUAAAGCCUUCUCCUUCAUAUCGAGAUGAGAAAGGCCCAUGCCAAAUAUGUCAUAAGUGGUUUAUGAUGCUAUUUUGCCUUGUGGAAAAGGGACUUAUUGACCUCCGAGUGACUCCAGUUAACUUUGAAUGCCCACCAGAAAGUUACCAACAUUUGGAUGCUGCCCGACAGUUGCCUGUCAUGUUGGUGCAGCGUGGCAAGAAAGACGACGUUAGCUUGGACAAUGUGAUUGCGUAUUCAACUGAAGAUUUGGAGAACUUCAUAGAAGAUUUCAAAGACCCAUAUCUGAUAAGUUCUCGCAACAGCCGGGAAGUUCGUGAAGCGGAAAAAAGCUUUGAAGGCCUUAGCACAAAUCUCAUGAAUUGCCUUAAAAAUGGCAAGGAACAGCCUUUGAUAACCACUUUAUUUAGACUUAAUGAUUUUCUUAAAUGUCGUAAUGAUCCAUAUAUCCUAGGAAAACAACUUACUUUCCCAGACUGCCAAUUGAUGCCCAAACUGCAGCAUGUUCGUGUCGCUUCUAGAACCUAUAAACAAAUUGAUAUUCCCUCCGAAUUGGUUUGCCUAUGGAAGUAUAUUGAAAAUAUGUAUAAAACUCCUGCUUUUUUAUACUCUUGUCCUACGGAUAGAGACAUCCUCAUGCAUUUCAAUGAGCGGAUUCCUUUAGAUAAAGACUUCAAGCCUAGCCUUAUGGGUCAAGAGCGUAUGGGAGUUGAUCCAGAAUUUCCGUUUUCUAAUGGAGACGUUUACAAGGGCUAA